GCGGAGCGUGUUCUGCCCGCUGGAUACCCGUGAUCUCUCGUAUGUGGAAAAAACUCUAGCAGAAAGGUGGAAAAAAUGGGUGUUAAAACCUUCACUCAUAAUUCCCCUGCUCACAGUCAGGAGAUGCUGGGCAAGCUGAACAUGCUCCGCAACGACGGCCAUUUCUGUGACAUCACCAUCCGCGUCCAGGACAAAAUCUUCCGGGCCCACAAGGUGGUUUUGGCGGCCUGCAGCGACUUCUUCCGCUCCAAACUCGUUGGCCAAGCAGAAGACGAGAGCAAGAGCGUGUUGGACCUUCACCACGUGACGGUGACAGGUUUUAUACCUCUCCUGGAAUACGCCUACACGGCCACGCUGUCCAUCAACACGGAGAACAUUAUCGACGUGUUGGCCGCCGCCAGCUACAUGCAGAUGUUCAGCGUGGCCAGCACGUGCUCCGAGUUCAUGAAGUCCAGCAUUUUAUGGAAUACACCCAACAGCCAGCAGGAGAAGGUGCUGGACGCGGGGCAGGAGAACAGUGCAAACUGCAAUUUCACCUCUCGAGAUGGCAGCCUUUCCCCGGUGUCCUCCGAGUGCAGCGUGGUGGAAAGAACCAUUCCCGUUUGCCGAGAGUCCCGAAGGAAGCGCAAAAGCUACAUCGUUAUGUCUCCCGAGAGCCCCCUUAAGUGUAACACCCAAACGAGUUCCCCCCAAGUGCUGAACCCUUCAACUUCUUACCCGGAGUCCAGGAAUCAACCCGUGGACUCCUCCUUAGCUUUUCCCUGGACUUUUCCUUUUGGAAUUGAUCGAAGGCUUCAGUCUGAGAAGGCCAAGCAGGCGGAGAACUCUAGGACUUUGGAAAUGCCUGGGCCCUCUGAGUCCAACAGAAGGAUUGGGGAUUAUGUGACUUGUGAGAGCACGAAAGCCAGUUCUCCCCUUGUGAUCGAAGAAGACGUGCGCGUCAAAGUGGAGAGGCUCAGCGACGAGGAGGUCCACGAGGAGGUAUCGCAGCCCGUCAGCGCGUCCCAGAGCUCUCUGAGCGACCAGCAGACAGUCCCAGGGAGCGAGCAAGUGCAGGAAGAUCUCCUGAUCAGCCCACAGUCUUCCUCUAUAGGCUCAAUAGAUGAGGGGGUUACGGAGGGGCUACCCACACUCCAAAGCACCUCUGGCACGAACGCUCACGCCGAUGACGAUGAUCGUUUGGAGAACGUUCAGUAUCCCUACCAACUCUACAUUGCUCCUUCUACCAGCAGCACAGAGAGACCCAGCCCAAAUGGUCCCGACAGACCUUUUCAGUGUCCGACCUGCGGGGUCCGCUUCACUCGCAUUCAGAACUUAAAACAACACAUGCUUAUCCACUCAGGCAUUAAACCAUUUCAGUGUGACCGCUGUGGGAAAAAGUUCACCCGCGCUUACUCGCUCAAGAUGCACCGCCUGAAGCACGAAGGUAAACGCUGUUUCCGCUGCCAGAUAUGUAGUGCCACUUUCACUUCCUUCGGGGAAUAUAAACACCACAUGCGGGUUUCCCGGCACAUUAUCCGCAAGCCUCGGAUUUACGAGUGCAAAACAUGUGGCGCCAUGUUCACCAACUCUGGAAAUUUAAUCGUUCACCUGAGGAGCUUGAACCAUGAAGCGUCAGAGCUAGCAAACUACUUCCAGAGCAGUGACUUCCUAGUCCCGGACUACUUAAACCAGGAACAAGAGGAGACCCUCGGGCAGUAUGAGCUAGGGGAGCAUGGCUUUGAAAGCAACUCUUCUGUCCAAAUGCCUGUCAUUUCGCAGGUGUCGUCAACUCAGAAUUGUGAAAGCACUUUCCCCUUGGGGUCUCUGGGUGGGUUGGCAGAGAAGGAAGAAGAUGUGCCAGAGCAGCCAAAGACUAAUGCCACUGCUGAGGCAGCCGCAGGUGACCCUCCGAAACCAGAGCUGUCAUCUAUUACUAUUGAAUAAUUCAUGGUUUGGUUUCAUUUUUUUGUUCUUUGGAAAGUGCCUGUGUUUGGUCCUGUACAUUUUAAUUUAAUUUUUUUUUAAACGAAAGCGGGGAGAGUUUUCCCUUUUUACUUUGUAAGCUACGCUUUAAACGGAAAACUGCAACAGAUGUUACAUUAUUUUUCAUGACUGAAAUGAUCACUUCUGUGAAAAUAUUUAAGACUGAAUGCACAAAAAGAUCUUGUCAGAACAUCAUGGAAGCUGUGAUACACUUCUAAAGAAGAACAACUGAUUCCGAUCACUUUAGCUAUUUCUUCUUCCACAGUUAGAGCAGCUCAUUAAGUUUCUCUUGCUUCUGCAGACCCUCUGGUUAAGGGAAAGAAAUCAGAGGGAACCUUUUUAAAAUGACAAACAAAAGGAUGCAUUGGAAAUCAUUAUUGAACGGUUUUGACUGGGUUUGAGUGGAUGCUUUAAUCUUCUGCAUAAAAAAAAAAAAUGACACUUCCUAUCUCUGUGCCUGCUGUUUUUUCAAAGCGCUUACUGUAACCCUUUUCUUGGAAAUGGUAAGCAUUUUUGAAACUAACAGUCACACACUUUUUAAAAACACAUUGUCCCUUUUUUCUCAUCUCGGAUGAAUCAGUUUUUGGGCAAACCAAGUGAUGUCAUGCCAGGUAUUCUUAACUUCUGAUAUAUUCCAGUCCUUUUAGAAACUGCUCCAUCAAAUAACCUUUUCAGGAUUUGCCCAUCCCAGGUUAAGGAGUGGAAAUGCUACGGUCAGGAAAAGUCUAAUGGUGCAUAAUGAAUUGGGGAUGGUAGAAAAGUAUAAAUCUGUGCAAGCCUGACAAACAUCUCAUGACUGUAGCUCUCUGGAGAAGGGGAACCACGGAGGAAAAUUCAGCUUUUUCCCCAAACUGAAAUUCUUCAAUCCUGACCAGAUUGGCUGCAGCUCUGGUCACUUCCCCCGAUCGCAUAGACUCUAUUUUUGCUCAUCUCCAAAAGCGAGCUAGAAUGAGUUUACAGAUGGGGAAAAAAUGAGCUCUUUUGUGCAUUAUUGCACUUUUUCUUGUUUGUUUAUACAUACACAUGUAUAGUUUCUGAGAUAUUAGCCUGUUUUGGACAAAAUAAGCAAUUUAUUCUCUUUAGAGGCCAACUUUCUAACCCAACAGGGGGUUGUUUACAAAAAACCUAUAUAGCAAUGAUGAAUUGUUCCUGUUUCAAGACAUUUGAAAUCCCUGCCAACUCGGUUUAUUAAAGGCCAUUACUCCAGCUACGUACACAGCUCAAGUCAGCAAUAAAUUGAAAGAUUUGCAAUUUUAUUUUUCCAUACUUAGAAAAAAAAAAGCUGCAAAUUUCGGGUGUGGGGUUUUCAGAGCGGCGAGUCUUGUUUUGUCGAGGCUUUUUUGGGCUAUGGCACUGCUUUGAAACCUAAAUUAGGAAAUCCAUUAGGAGGGUUGUGAUUUUUCUUAUUGCUUCUGAAGUUAACUCAGUGUUUGAUGCCAAAUGCCUCCUGCCUACAGACGACACGCUGAGCGAGUAGGUAUUACUUGAUCUUAGUAUUCCAAAGGCAUGAUAUACUCCUUUAGUUUUGAAUCUUGGGUUGGUUCUUUUAUUUUUUUCUAAAUUGUUGAUUUUUGCCCAGAUUUGUUUCACGCAAACAUGAGGAGGAAAUGACACCAAUAGAGAAAAGUUGCUGCUGAAGGAACAGAAGACACAAAAGUCGUAUUAUAUCGCAAGAUCAAUUUGUAUUCAGUCAGCAGCUCUGAUACUCUCUAGGUCUGGGUUGUUUCUACUAAUAGCCAACUUUUGUAAGGAAAAAAAGAAAAUAUUGCCCUUUGGAAAGAGCUUAAAGGGUUUCGGUGACUUUAACAAUUUUUCUCCGUGGCGUUUUAGGUAAAAAACCACACAUUUUCGUUAAAUAGAGCGAAACCAGGUGGUAUUUUAGCCCCUUCCAAGUUACUGGAGUGAAGUUUCUCUACCAAAUCCAAAGGGUGUUUUAGAAACGUGCUGCAAAGACGUUCUCUGCUCCAAUUCAGUCUUGUACAUCUAUCUUUGUAAGUCUUCUUAAAAGGGCUUGAAGGAGAAAUUCUGGUUUUGGCAUUGCCGAACUGUGAAUUAGUCCAGUGCCUCUUGGUGGGCUGAAUAGAAAGACCAGUUCUCUUCCACUUCUGGUUUCUAGACCCAAGAAGCCAGUGAGACAAGGCAAUGCCUUUUGCUGAGUUUUAUCCUGAAUUCUAGGGCUGUGACACUGAACUCAAAUAUGUUAUUUUCUUUUUUGUAGUUAGUGUUACUCAUCUUUCCAGGUGUGAGAGAAUCCUUUGGAGUAAAAAGGGUAACGAAGGUGGUCAGAACAAUAACCUUCUGUUAGAAUCUGAUCGUUUUCACCCAUUAGAGCUUUUGCUAAACAGUUUAUCCAUGAGGGAAUGUGCAAAUACAGAACAGACACCACUGGAUAUUGGAUUUUUAAGGCUUAAAGUUUUGUGUCAGAAGGCAAACUGCUUUCUGAAUACCAAAGAGAAGAGGGGAAAAAAGAAGUUAAAAAAUACUUUGUAGUUCUAAUCUGGUCUUCCUUGAAAAGAAAUGGGUAUCAUCAACACCUUGGUCCAAGGCAAGUCAUGGGGUUCAUUGCUCGUUGCACUGUGAUACACAUUAUCUUUUCAACCCUUUAAUCUCUGUGUAACAUCUCAAUGUAGUUCUCACUUUUCAGUCUCAUUCAACUGCUGAACAAUAGAGUUCUUAGAGGAUUUUGUCUGUUUGUUUGGUUUAGGGUUGGCUUUACUUGUUAAUUUUCCUGUUUUUAACCGUUUCUUGUUAAUGCCUCUUUUCUCCGUAGAAGUGAGCACAGACUAAACACAAAUUUGGUUUCUCCUCCCUAAAUGUUGGAAGUGUUCAGAACUUUGAAAUGCUGGUCUUUUUCACAGGAGAGAUGUGAAAACAUAGGACAUCUUAAAACAAUCUCUGUUGCUGAUAUGCUUAGAUUCCAAAUUGUGCGAGAGAGAUAUCUAACUGAGCUAGAAGAAACUUGCCUUAAACUACUUGGGAUUAAACCUAAAGCAUAAAUUUCUUUCAGUACUCUUAUCAGAGGGUUUUGAAUUCUGGAGUGAGUUUUCUUUUUUCCUUUUUUUCCAUUAUUUGGUUUGCGUUUCUAUUUCUGCUUGACGAGGAUCAUGCCGUCACAGAGCAGUUGAGGUUGGAAGGGACCUCUGGAGGAGGUCAGAGGAGGGAGGUUGCUCAGAUAUUCUGAAUAUCCCCAGAGAUGGAGCCUCCUUGACUUCUCUGGGAAACCUGUUGCAGUGUUUGACCACCCUCCCUGUAAAAAAAGGCUUUAGUAUGUUUAGAUGGGAUUUCUUGUGUUCCAGUUUGUGCCCACACUGAGGAAGGUCCAGCUCCAUCGUCUUUGCCCCCUUCUAUCUGGUAGUUUUACACAUUGAUCAGAUCCCCCUGAGCCUUCUUCAGCCAGAGAGGGGCUGUUAUAAGGGGCCCCUAUAACUUAUUUAGACUUUCUUCCAAAUUAGCUACAGGUAUGACCCAUUGCAGCAGUUCCUCUGUCUCCAAAUUCAUUCGCCGAGUGAUUUACGUCCCGGUUUUCCGUCCCCUUCUCCCAUGUGGCACCGAUCUUUGCACUGAGUGGAAAAUCCUUUCCUCCCCCCCCGUUUCUUUUGCAAGCAAGAGUGCCUUCACCACCACAGAACUAACAAAGUUCUGCCCUGUGCCUGGGACCCACCUUCCCAGAGCAGGGUCUUUACUCCUCACGUAUUGUUUAGACCAGUACGUCCGAUGGGAACAACAACGGGAAAGGAAGGGAUGGGGUAUUUUUUUUUUUCUGACUUAACACGGUGUUUUGGGAGAGGGGAGUAAAAAAUUCAGAAGUUUUCUAUUUCCCCGCAAAGAGAGGGAGGGAAAGAAGUGCUCUUUGGAGAUUUGGCCAAGUUGUUGAGGGUUUGUUUUUGGUUUUUCGAUGCGGAUACAGAGCACAACUCCCCCGGGGGAUCCCUGGGGAUGCCCACAUGCUCCACAAAUCAAGCUCCCCCCAUCAAAAACCUGCUUCUCUCUGGCCUUACAUCGUGUUGGGAAGCUCUGUGUGUUCCCAGUGGCUUGUCUUGUCCUGCUACAGUUUGAGUUGAGUUGUCAGGCUCGCAGACACUAUGGUCACGUCUCUCAUACUGAGAGAUUACUAGCCUAGGUUCUUGAAAACGGUUCUGGGUUCACGUGUAUCUUGAGUCUAAAAGGUGUGAAUUUAAGCUUUUUUAAAAAAGUGAUAGCUGCCAAUGCAGUAAAAUAUAUUUUCUAAGACUAUGAUCCCUAUAUGUCCCUUAAGGGAUAGAAUUUUAUUGUUUUUAAGCUAUGGUUUAAAGUUUUUAUAUGAGGGCUUCAGUCGCUUCUUGGUUGCUGGUGUUCCCCUCCAGCCCCAGGACGUAGGAGACCAUUGGGGUCUCUCUCUGAGACGAACCAUGAAGUAUUUUAUAUGCAAAUAGAAGGGGAGCUUUGUCCCCCCUGCAGGGAUGGAGAAAAUGCAGAUGCUCCUAGAUCCAUUGCAACUUCCACACCAUCAGAAUACGGAAAACAGCUAAUUUUCAUUCAGAUCGAUUACGUUCGAGUUUUGCUUACAAGGUGAAGCCCAGUUUUGGAGGGUUCUCAUCUCCGAUUAUGGACAUAAUAAUAAAUUCCAUAGCAUUUGGAUGACAGAUAGGAGGGUUCAAGGCCGGACGGUGCCUCAGCCACAUCAGAGGUCCUUAGUUAAAUAGAAUCGGUUCAAAGCGUUUGAGGAAAUGUACCAUAAAAAAACAAAAAAAACCAAACACAAAUGUGAAUUUUUUUUAAUGCAACAGUAGUUACUGCUCUGGGUUUUUGUUAACUCGAUGUGUGCUAUCGCAGUAAUUCAGUGGCCCACAGGCCUCAGUGACAAAUCUGGUUGCACUAGAACCAAACCAGAAGCCAAAUUAGUUUGGUGGUGCUGCCAACCUGUGUGGCUUCUGUACCUACAGUCUUCCUGAGGGUUGCUGAAGUCCCCAGAGGAGUGAUUUUUUUGUUUCACCAUUCGUUUAGCUGAUGCAUGCUUUUAGAUAUUCUGACUUCUAGCCCUGGCUACAACCAAGUUUCUUGGACAGCUUCUUUGCCCUGGUCCUGCAGUACCUUCACUCCAGGUGCUGCCCUAUGGUGAAACCCCCCGGAGAGGGAAAAGAGUAAGCUGGAGAGGGAAGAAAAAAAAAAAAGAUAAAUAAAUAAAUAAAUAAUGUGAAUUAAAUUAUUGUUGGGCUUCUUUGUGCAUUUUAGUACCAGUGAAACCCCCUUAACUGUGCCAGUCUCCGGUCACCAGCCGUAUAUCCAGUUGUCAUCUCAUCCACAGUACAGCUUCUCUUGUUGAUGCUGGCCACAGCUAGAUUACUUGGCAUGUUUAUUGACUUAACAGAAUUGUUUUUUUGGUUUUGGUUUUGUUUUUUAAUGUAUACGAUGUUUAAAUACACUUCACAUUUUAUAUAAUACUAUCUGGCUAUUAGUAUUUUUCAGGAACCAUAGUUCUUGGUGGCUAUAUAUAUUUUUGUGACUUUUUUUGUAAACUAAGUGCCGUUUCAACGUUACAAUCAUUUUUAGAGUUAUUGUAAUCAAUGUGAAUAUCAUGUUUUUUCAAAUCUGUUCUGAGCCUGUAGUGUUUGCUUUGUGAUCAUAUGUGUAAUGUAUAUAUUCUGUAUAGUUACAUUGUAUUGAAAUACUAGCUUGUUUGAUAUAAGAAAAGUAUGUAUUGGGUACCUUUUUGCUAGCCUGGUUGUUUAAUCUUUAAAAAAAAAUGUUCUAAAAUGCAAAAAAAAAAAAAAUAUCUCCAAACUGGUCCCAUUAUAGGUCAAAAUUAAGGGGGGAGAAAAACUAGUUUUGAGUGUCUUUGGAUAGAAACAUGAAGCUAAGAUUUUUCAUUAAAAUAUUAAUGUUUUAUGGAGUA